ACUUGUCCAGCUUUUUGACGAGCUGCUCUUGAGAAGAAGCUGAUCAGACUACAGUCAUUCAUACCUAAUUUCUUCAGAGAUGACCUACCCAACAAACCUAGAGAUAAUUGGUGGUCAAGGCGGUUCUUCAUUUUCAUUUACUGGUGAAAACAAUGGUGCCAGUUUAGAGAAGAUCUGGGUUUGGGUUGGAGGAUGGCAGAUCAAGGCUGUCAGGGCUUGGCUUUCAGAUGGUAGAGAUGAAACAUUUGGUGUACCAUCCGGAUCACAUCAAGAGUAUGUGUUUACCCCUGGAGAGUGUUUCACCUCACUGUCCCUCUGGGGGAACGGAGCAGGAACACGUCUCGGAGCCAUCAAAUUCAAGACCAACAAGGGUGGAGAAUUUUUUGCACAUAUGACAAGUUGGGGUUUAAAAACAGAAUAUCCCAUGGAUGUCGGCUCUGGUUAUUGUCUUGGCAUUGUUGGAAGAGGUGGUUCAGACAUCGACUGCAUGGGGUUCAUGUUUCUCAAUGCAGUUCAGUCAACAGUUCUCACCAAUGUCAACUAUCCCACCAUCAACCAGCUGAUCCCAAAAGUGGCCACAGAGGAGAUCAAGUCGGUCAGUUUUGAGAACAAAACAUCUGUUAAGCAAGAGCAAAAAGUUGAAACCUCAAAGAAAGUGAUCAAAACAUCUUCAUGGUCUAUGACUAAGAGCUUUUCAUCAACAUUCAGUGUGGAGGUGAGUGCUGGAAUUCCAGAAAUUGCUGAAGUUUCUACAGGAUUCAGUAUCAGCUUUGGAGUUGAAAGCACCCAUAGUCUGGAGCAGACGGAUGAGAAAAACGAAACUCUGACCACCACUGUUGAAGUCCCACCAAAGAAGAAGGUGGAUGUUCACAUCACCAUUGGCAGAGCCAGUUUUGACCUGCCGUACACUGGCACAGUGAAGAUCACUUGCAAGAAUGGCAGUGUGUUACAGUACGAAACCAAGGGUCAAUACAAAGGAGUCGCUUACACUGAUAUCAAAGUGAAUACAGUAGAAAAAGAUCUGUAAUGUCAAGAUGGAUUGUUCCUGGCUGGCUUCUGAGUUUCCCAGCAAUGAUUCAGCUUAUUGAUUAGGUUUUGUGUGUGGUCUCAUUCCUCUGACUUGCUUUGCUUAAUAAUUUAGAAAAGAGGAAAUAUAUACUCAGCACUGUCUUUUUCUUCUAUAUGUUUUAUCUAUAUCUGUGACACUUGCUUCAUUUAUUGACUGUUAUUGUUCCUUAUGUAUGUACUCUGACCUGUCCACCAAGUUACCUUUACAUGCAUACACACACUCACACGCACACACUCACACACAUACCAGUACCUGACUAUAUUGUUGUUGUUUUUGUUUUGUUUUUGUUUCGUUGCUUUGUAUUUGUUAUUUGUUGACGUUUUAUUGUGUUUGUAUGAUUUUUGCAUAUUCUAAAAAAAAAAAAAAAAAAAGCAUUGUCUUUUUCAAAUAAACUUUUCUAAUUUUGUUUUAAAAUGAUCAUAUAGCUUCAUGGUUGCAGUAAUUUUGUUAUCAGUACCAGAUUAUGUGAUUCACUUCAUGUAAGCAAAUGUUCAAUGAAAAAUUAAUAACAAUAAUAAACUAAAUGAAUUUACAAUGAA